AGGCCAGGAAGCAGCCGAGAGAGAAUUCAAAUUUCUCGGUGACUCCCAUUCCCCAACACCUCCACCACCGCUACCUAAUCCGUCGCUCUCCUACAUCUCCUCCUCCUGCCCCCGCCGGCGAUCACCGCCGCGCCCUCCUCGGCGGGGGGACACUCCGGAAGCACGUGAUGAAGCUUAAGAUCAACAAGGCGUGCGACCUCGCCUCCAUCUCCGUCCUCCCUCCCCGGAGGACCAGAGGGAGCAGCGGUGGCGGUGGUGGCGGGACGAGCGCGCCUGCUGCUGCUUCCGCGGCGCAGCAGCAGCGGUCCCAGUCGAUGUCGCAGAAGUCCUUCUCGCAGGGCGUCGGCGCGUCCUUCUCACAGGGCAUAGGCAGCGGAGGCGCGUCCUUCUCCCAGGGCAGCGGCGGCGGAGGCGCCGCGUUCUCUCAGGGCGGUGGAGGCGGAGGCGCGGCGUUCUCUCAGGGCGGAGGUGGCGGAGGCGCGGCGUUCUCUCAGAGCGGAGGUGGCGGAGGCGCGGCGUUCUCUCAGAGCGGAGGUGGCGGAGGCACGGCGUUCUCUCAGGGCGGAUGUGGCGGAGGCGCAGCGUUCUCUCAGGGCGGAGGUGGCGGAGGCGCGUCCUUCUCGCAGGGCGGUGGCAGCGCGUCGCUCUUGCACGCGCAGUCGCAGCUCUCGCAGGCCUCCCUCAACGAGAGCCUCCUCAGCCUCCUCUCGCAGGCUCCCGCGCGCGAUCAGAAAUUUGCCAUGCAAGAGGACCCGUCGAAGCGGAAGUCUUCGUAUCCUGCCAGUUCAGCUUCUUCUUGUAUGCGUGACGAAUCUCAGCUGCAAAUUGCAAAAAUACCAACCAACCCUAUCCACCGCUGGAGCCCCUCUCUUCUGGAUAGCAGAUGUCAGGUUAAUGAGGAUGUUGAGCGCAAAUUUCAGCAUCUGGCAAGUUCAGUACAGAAGAUGGGAAUGAUAUUAGACUCUGUGCAAAAUGAUGUGAUGCAGUUAAACAGAGGCAUGAAGGAGGCAUCACUAGACUCUGGUGGCAUUCAGAACAAGUUUGUGCUCCUAGAGGACUCUCUAAAGCAAAUUCUUAAGGGGCAAGAUGAUCUCAAAGCACUCCUCAAGGGAAGCACGAAAAGUAAUGCUGACCAGCUCAGUAUUCUCACCAGCAAACUGGAUGAGAUAUCCUCGAUACUUUCAGUCUUGCCAAAGCAAGUUCAAACAGAAUUCGAGCAAUUCAAGGGUGACAUAUUUAGUUUUUUUACAAAAGAGAUGGAGGGGGUCGUUAGAGCUGUCAGAUCUCUCGAUAGUAGGCUGCCCGGGGUGAUGCAAAUGCUGGCAGAUCAGAGCUGCACCACCAAUGCAAAACCCCUGAUGAACCAGGCAGCAGUAGAAAAUGGAAGCCCCCUGAUGAACCAGACACAAGUAGCAGAUGGAAGCCCCCUGAUGAACCAAGGACCGGUAGCAGACAGAAGGCCGCAGAAGAAACCAACGGCAGUAGCAAAUGGAAGGCCCAAGAGGAAGAACCAAACGGCAGUAGCAAAUGGAAGGCCCAAGAGGAAGAACCAAACGGCAGUAGCAAAUGGAAGGCCCCAGAGGAAGAACCAGGCAGCAGGAGCAAAUGGGAGGCCCCAGAGGAAGAAACCAACAGAAACAGCAGCAAAUGGGAGGCCCCAGAGGAAGAAACCAACAGAAACAGCAGCAAAUGCAAAGCCCCAGAGGUACCUCACACGAGUGACAAAUGGAAGGCCCCAGGUGAAACAAACAGAAGCAGCAGAUGGAAGGUCGCAGACGAACCAGAAACCCGAGGCAAAUGGGAAAGCCCUGAUACCAGUAACAACAGCCGUUCCUGCGCCCGUGGUUUAUCACCGAAAGGCGGUUGAUCUGAAGCCAAAGGUGGAACAGUGGAUGGUACCGGAACUGGCUGGCCCAAGCUACAGCAGGCCAGUGCCACCUAAAGAGCAAGAGUUGGCGAUUCAGAAGGUCAAUACAGAGGCGCCAAUCAAUAAGGCAACUCAUUUUCUAGCUCGGCUGAACAAGUGUACUUAUAUGUUAGCAGAGAUGAGAUCACCUAAGGCAAUGCUGCUAGCUAGCUAAUGGCUCAAGACCAACAUCACUGAAUUAUAUUAACUGAGUCAUUUGUCCUGAAAGAAGAACAUCACUGAUGAAUUGAAUCACUUGUCCUGAAA